AUGGUAGCAGAUUUGACUAAAGGUAUAUUAAAAUGGAAAUCAAAAAUAGAGUUUGACGCCGUUGCUGAUAGUUCCUUUUACCAGGAUUUGAAGGACCUACCCCCCCUUGCAUCACAUAGAAAAUUAACACAGGCUGCCAUUUUCAGUAGCACUAAGUAUGAGUUACUGCAAGUUAAGGAAGACAUCCUGUCUAUUUAUGAAGUUGUAAAGAAGGACACUGAUGAGGAAUGCAAUCAGAUGCAGCAAAUUGAAUUCCACUUGAAGAAGUCUUUAAAAAAGGUAGAACAUAGUUAUAAAAGUGUUUCAAAGCAGAGGGCCUCAACUGGUGGGAUUAAUGGAAAUGACUGUCUAUUGAUCAGUGCAGAAAAGAAAAUCUGUUCAUUGAAUGAGGAGCUCGCUCGCAUCGAUGGUAUUGUUAAAGAUAUCGUGAGCAAUUUUAUUGCAUUAGAUGCCAAUCUCCCGAAGAAGGGCCAAUUAUUGAAAAAUAAUUCAAUAAAUGAAGCUCACUACCCACUUCUCUUUGAUUUUCUGCACAUAGCGUGCCCAGGAUCUACUGUCAUUGCCACUGAAGCUAGUGUGCAAGGGGAUGACUUUACCUCCUCCACUUCAAAACACGAUGAGUCUCGCAAGGAAAGCGUAAAUACUGCUGAUGGGAUGAACGAGCUGCGAAGCGAUUCCUUUGCGUUUCGACCAAAUCAUGACGGCAACGAAUCAAGUUUUAAAAAAUUUUUACCCCCAACCAUCAAAAAAAGGAGCGGUCCUUCCAUUGAAACCAAUUUUGAAAAUGUUAGCGCAGAUGGCCUCAUUCACGCCAAAUCUUCUCUAAAAAACUCGAUAUCUUUGACUUGA